AUGUCUUCUCAAACUGUUUUCAUUUCCGGUGCCACUGGUUAUAUUGCUCAACAUAUCAUUGUUCAAUUAUUGAGUAGUGGUUAUAACGUUAUUGGUCAAGUAAGACUGAGUGCUAAAGGUGAUACCUUAUCCAAAGAUUUCAAUAAUAAGAAUUUCUCUUAUGAAAUUGUUAAGGUUUUAGAAGAAGAAGGUGCUUUCGAUGAAGUGUUAGCUAAACAUCCUGAAGUCUCUAUUUUCCUUCAUACUGCUUCUCCAGUUUCAUUUCAUGUUGAAGAUAAUGAAAGAGAUAUGUUAAUUCCAGCUGUUAAUGGUACUAAGAAUGUUCUUGCUUCUAUUAAAAGAGUUGCUCCUCAAAUGAAGAGGGUUGUUGUUACUAGUUCUGUUGUUGCCGCUUCUACUUUUGCUGAAUUAGAAGAUCCUACUUAUGUUGGAGGUGAAAAUACUUGGUUACCAAUCACUUAUGAAGAAGCCAAAACUUCAGAUUCUCAAAUUGCUUAUGCAGUUUCUAAGAAAUAUGCCGAAUUAGCUGCAUGGGAUUUCGUAAAGCAAGAACAACCAAACUUUGAAUUAUCUACAGUUUUACCAGGUUACGUGUUUGGUCCUCAAGCUUUUGAAUCAGGUGUUGCAAAUUUGAAUCUUACUGCUGCUUACCUUGCUAGUGCUUUACAAUUAAAGAAAGACGACAAAAUUCCAGCUGCUGGUGGUUUAAGUGUUGAUGUACGUGAUAUCGCCUUAGCCCAUAUUCUUGCAUUCGAAAACAAAGAAGCGGCAGGUAAGAGAUUAGUAGGUUACGGAAAUAGAUUCAAUUUCCAACAAGUUGUUGAUAUUAUCAGAAGAAAUUUCAAAGAUUUAGUUAAUACAUUACCUGUGGCUGAAUUUGCUCCUGAUUUCUUUGAUAGCUAUGUUCCAUAUGGUGAUGUUGAAUCUAGAAAGGCUUUAGGUAUUGAUUAUAUUAAAUUUGAAAAGACUGUCGUCGACCAAAUUGCUCAAAUCUUAGAUUAUCAAAACAAAGCUUAG